UUCUCAAAGUUAUGGAAUUCCCCGAUUUGUAUAGAAAAGUUGCAUUCCUUUCCAAAAGGGACGCAAAUAAAGCCUUAGAAGAGUUCACCUUUAACAACAUGUGGAAGGAAAAUGCAUCUAUCAUUGACAUUGGAAGUGGAGACGGGAGCACGACUAAAACUAUUUUGGAAAAGCAUGCGCCACUCAGUUAUAGUAAGAUAGUGGGCUGUGAUAUAAGUCCGAAGAUGGUUAAAUACGCAAAUGAACAUUUCAGGAGCGAACGCAUCGAGUUUAUACAAUUGGAUAUUACAAAGCAAUUGCCACUGUUCCUGAAAGACGCCUUUGAUCAUGCGUUCUCUUUUUAUGUGAUUCAAAGGAUCAAGAAGCAGGAGGCCGCUUUCUCGUUCAUCUAUCAUUCCUUAAAAGACGGAGGCAGCUGCCUCCUUAUUUUUCUCGGGCGAUACCCCGUUUACGAUGUGUAUCGCACACUCGCUCGCAAGGCGAAGUGGGCUGAAGACCUGAAAGAUGUUGAAACCUUCACUUCACCAUAUCACGAUUCUCAGGACCCCAAGAAUGACGUGAUCAAUGUAAUGGAUUCAAUUGGCUUCAAAAAAAUAGAAGUGGAUGUAUUUGAUAACACGCAUACAUAUGACGAUUCUUAUACUUUCGAACGCUUGGUCAAGGCUAUCAACCCCUUUAGUGCUCUCAACGAACGAUGGGACGAAUUUAUGAAAGACUACUUCGAGGUGGCUCCAAACGCUAUAAAAAUGGAGUAUCAACUCAUUGUAGCCUACGGCAUAAAAUAA